CUAGAUGACAUGCUCCGGUUAAACAUGGUGGCCGGAAACGAAGCGAGCGACGAGGAUGACCCGCUGUCGGCGGAGGAGCGGGCGGUCAAGUCGGAGGUGUCGGACGCGGCGAGUGACGAGGACUGCGUGUCGGUGUGUUCGGAGGGCAGCGCCGCCCGCGCCAGGGAACAGCUCGCGAUGGCUUGUUCCGUGGUGCUCGAGCGCCUCCGCGGCGACGAGACUGUUCACAGUGGAGACAAACCAUACCGCUGCGAACACUGUGGCAAACAUUUCAUGAACAAGUCUGUUUUACGAGAACACAUUCGACACACCCACUCAUUGACCGGACAGAAACCAUUUGCUUGUGAUUUUUGUAGUUCUACGUUUCAAACCGAAUUGCUGGUGAUAGAACACGAGAAAAACGAACACGGUGUUACAAAUUUCAUGUGUGCUGAAUGUGAGUAUACAACAAGUUCCAAGAAAAGUUUGGAGACCCAUUUAAAGAGUCACUCAUUGGAGAAUAAUUUUAAUUGUAGUCACUGUAGUUACACUAAUUCGUGUAAAAGUGAUUUACACAAACACCAAACAAUACACAUUACUGGAAAACAUUUUAACUGUAGCGACUGUGAUUUCAAAUGCAGUGUUGAAUCAAACCUGCGACGUCACCAGAAGACACACAACCGGAGGCACAAGAGAAUACUCACUGGAGAACAGCCUUAUAAAUGUAGUCAUUGCGACUACAAGUGCAGUACUAGUUCUGCCUUACGAAUUCAUGAAAGGACACAUGCUGGAGAGAAGCCAUUUCAGUGUAGUCACUGUAAUUACAAAUGCAGUCUGAAGUCAGUCUUACAACGACAUCUGAUGAUACAUACUGGGGUGAAGCCAUUUCAGUGUAGCCACUGUGAUUACAAAUUCAGUCUGAAGACAGACUUACAAAGACACCUGAUGAUACAUACCGGGGCUAAGCCAUUUCAUUGUAGCCACUGUGAUUACAAAUGCAGUCGGAAGUCAUACUUACAACGACACCUGGUGAUACAUACUGGGGCGAAGCCAUUUCAGUGUAGCCAUUGUGAUUACAAAUGCAGUCGAAAAUCAACCUUACAAAUACACCAAAGGAUACACACUGGAGAAAAGCCUUACAAAUGUAAAUAUUGCGACUACAAGUGCAGUAAUAGUUCAACCAUACGAACACAUGAGACGACACAUACAGGGGCGAAGCCUUUUCAGUGUAGCCACUGUGAUUACAAAUGCAGUCAGAAGUCACACUUACGACAACACCUGAUGAUACAUACUGGGGCGAAGCCAUUUCAGUGUAGCCACUGUGAUUACAAAUGCAAUCAGAAGUCACAACUAAAACAACACCUGACGAUACAUACUGGGGCAAAGCGAUAUCAGUGUAGCCACUGUGUUUACAAAUGCAAUAAGAAGUCACAGUUACAACAACACCUGACGAUACAUACUGGGGUGAAGCCAUUUCAGUGUAGCCACUGUGAUCACAAAUUCAGUCGGAAGUCACUCUUAGAAUUGCACCUGAUGGUACAUACUGGGGCGAAGCCAUUUCAGUGUAGCCACUGUGUUUACAAAUGCAGUAAGAAGUCACACUUACAACAACACCUGAUGACACAUACUGGGGUGAAGCCAUUUCAGUGUAGCCACUGUGAUUACAAAUGCAGUCAGAAGCCAGGCUUACAACAACACCUGAUGACACAUACUGGGGCGAAGCCAUUUCAAUGUAGCCACUGUGAUUACAAAUGCAUUCAGAAAUGUAAUUUGAAAAAACAUGAGGGGAUACACACUCAAAAAAAGCCUUUCUAA